UGAAAAGGUUACAUGGGAGAUGAGUGAAACUGUGCGAGUGCCGGAGUUGAUAUGGGAUACCCUGUGCCAGGUAUCUGGGUCCUGUUUCGUGUGUGGUUUGAGUGGUGACAUCAAUGUUGAUUCUGGAAGCUGUGUUCUUCCUUCUUCUGGCGUUUCGGUUCAAGAGAAGUUUAACCAACUCUCGUGCCGACGAGUGGAUGGAAAGCCACUGAGCACAGACCGUUCGAAUGGAGAGAGGGAAACGUUACGCCCGGUUUGCUUCUCUUGCUCUGGACUUCUCAACCUCAUUGACACCCUCGACGUGCACUUGACUAAGCGCACUGAACAGUUGUGGAGUCUGCAUGAUGUUGUGCGACUUCCAGUUGAAGCAGAAGAAGUGAGUGGUCACAUCGAUUUUCGCGAGGAGGAACCUACGAAGCUGCUGCCUGAAUCGUCUGCCGGAAAGCACCGAGUCAAAUUUCCGGAAAACAACCGUGGAAGUCAUGAAUCUUCAGGAAAUGGUUUUUGUAACGAUGUACCUGAUAGUGGUCGACGACGAACUCGCGCAAGUCACCGAGUAUCCGAUGAUACUGCAAAGACACCGGCAAAACGUCCAAGAGGUCGUCCUAAGAAGGAUAACCAAAAGUCGAAUUCCCCUCUGAACGUUAAUGAGUACGUUUGCGAAAUUAGGAAAAUCCGAGAAGUGGCAUCUUGCAAAGCUGCGGUCAUGAAUGAGCCUUUAUUACUGAAGACUUCCAAGACGACCACACGUAUAGUUCCUUCCAAUCAUGACCAAGAGAUCAAUACUAUUUUUGGUCUAACAUUGGAUCCCACUGCUCAUAAAUCUAAAGCAAAAAGCCUACCAGGACUCAGCAUGUGGUUCAAUUUCCGGUGCCGGAUUUGUGCCGCAGACGCAACAAAUGCGGAAGAGUUUGUUGCACAUCACGCAUCAAAUCACUCUACAGUUUCUUUGUUCAAGUGUCACUUUUGUUUCGCGAACUUCGACCAUGCUGAAGAUUUUCAAAACCAUGUUUACUAUGAAGAGCUUCGGAAAACGUGUAGGAAAGAAUUUGUUUGCAAAUCGUGCAAUGAGGAUUUCAUGAAUCCCCGUCGACUUAGCGAGCACUUCCGAAAAGUGCAUGCAUUGCUCGGUCAGCAAAAGGAAAAUUCAGGUAAUGCCACGAAUCUCAGUUGGAGCCCAUUCCGAUGUGAUGCAUGUCCAGAUGUUCUGAUCGACUCGUUUGAAAAUUAUAUUCUGCAUCGAACCGCGGAAUGGCACAUGAACGAAGUUCAUUUCAAGUGUUCACCAUACGUUUGCACAACGUGUGCGAAGUCGUAUCCUUCGAAGUUGCAGUUGAGGUUGCAUAUGGAGUAUCACAAACCAAAAGCAGAAAAGCUUUGUCCUAUUUGUGGCAAAUCCGUGAAAGGGUUUCUAGCGUAUCACGUGUCUGCUGUUCACAACCGAGAGAAGAGAUUAAAAUGUGAUCUGUGUGACGAAAGAUUCAUGCAUUACAGCGCAAAGAAAAAACACCUGGCUCGAGUGCACGAUGUGAGAGCUUCUGCUGGAGCCUGGGAACCAAACCCGAGUUUGAUUCUCAGGCCCAGCAAGGACAUCUUCUGA